AUGACGAUUUUGUCCGUUUCCCGAGGAGUCCUCCGGUACCGCAUCGCCCGAGCUCUGGUUAUAAUCUUCGCAAUAUGGAAUCUGGCCGAAAUACAUCUGAUUCAGCACCGACUUUACGAAGUUGAUCACACUGUUCUCCGACACCGACCGCAAAAGCAAGAAAGAAUAUAUAUUGCAAGCAUCAAUUGGAACAAUGGGCUCAUUCUACGCAAUCACUGGAGCAAGGCACUCACAGAGCUGGUCUUGAAGCUUGGUCCGGAAAAUGUGUUCGUCAGCAUAUACGAAAGCGGGAGCUAUGAUAACACGAAAGACGCGUUGAGGGAGCUGGAUUGGGAACUCGAGCGAAUGCGAAUACCACGGAAUAUCACAUUGUCACCAGUGACACAUGAAGAUGAACUUGCCGCAUCCGCAAGGGGUGAAGGCUGGAUUAGCACUCCAGAUGGGAAGAAACAACUCAGACGAGUGCCGUAUCUAGCCCGGAUAAGGAACUUGAGCUUGCUGCCGCUGCAGGAUCUUGCACGGCAGGGUAUCACGUUUGAUAAAAUCCUAUUUCUGAACGACGUCGUAUUUACGCCGAACGACGUCCUCGAACUUAUACAUACCAAUCGUGGCGAAUACGCUGCUGCCUGCGCCUUGGAUUUCUCCAAGCCUCCGAAUUACUAUGACACAUUUGCUCUCCGGGAUAUCAAGGGCCAUGAACCCAUCAUGCAAACGUGGCCCUAUUUCAGCUCUGCGGCAUCACGACGUGCAAUGAAAAACAUGUCUCCUGUUCCUGUGACAAGUUGCUGGAAUGGCAUGGGUAUGCUGGCAUCCAUUGCAGAAAGCGUUGCAUAA